UUCAAAAAAAAAAAACUUUUAUCCCUCGCCUUGAAAUUAGGUUACCCCAUUAUUUUUUUUUAUACCCCGUAAAAAUAAUACAAUAAACAAUGUCUGGACGUGGCAAAGGUGGAAAAGGUCUUGGAAAAGGAGGAGCAAAACGCCAUCGCAAAAUUCUUCGAGAUAACAUUCAAGGUAUUACUAAACCUGCUAUCAGACGUCUCGCACGUAGAGGUGGUGUAAAACGUAUUUCAGGUCUUAUUUAUGAAGAAACUCGUGGAGUACUCAAAGUUUUCCUUGAAAACGUAAUCCGAGAUGCAGUAACCUACACAGAACAUGCAAAACGCAAGACAGUAACGUCUCUAGACGUCGUCUAUGCUCUCAAACGCCAAGGACGCACUCUCUACGGUUUUGGAGGUUAAACCGUUUCAACCUAUUCAACCCUAUCGGAAACAAGAAACUUUUUAUUAUUGCGAGCCUCAUUAUUUCAUAUUCAUAAAAAAAUAUUUUUUUUUUUCUUCUAUAAUGCUGGACUUUGAUGUUAUAUUUUAUUAAUAAAAUGAUGGAUCAACUAUUAUAAUAAUUACUCAAUAAAAAUCUAAUUAUAUUUUAAUCUUGGCAAUGAUUUUC